AUGUCUUACGGCGGUGGUUACGGUUCGUCAAGAGACGGCGGUCACUCCAACGGAUACGGCGGCGGCGGUGGUGGCGGUUACUCCAACGGCUACUCCAACGGUGGCUAUGGAGGCUCGAACGGAUAUUCUGCUGGUGGCGGUGACAAGAUGAACAACCUGGGCGCUGGACUGAAGACGCAGCACUGGGAUCUUGCCGCUAUGCCCAAGUUCGAAAAAUCAUUCUACAAGGAGGAUCCCGCAGUUACUGCCCGGUCGCAGCGCGAAGUCGACGAAUUCCGCAAGAAACACGAGAUCACAAUCCAAGGCAAAAAUGUCCCCCGCCCCGUGGAGACCUUCGACGAGGCUGGAUUCCCUUCUUAUGUCAUCUCUGAGGUCAAGGCUCAAGGCUUCACGCACCCAACCGCAAUCCAGUCCCAAGGCUGGCCUAUGGCGCUCUCUGGUCGUGAUAUGGUUGGUAUCGCCGAGACGGGAUCCGGCAAGACCCUCAGUUACUGUCUUCCCGCCAUUGUCCACAUCAACGCCCAACCGCUUCUUGCACCAGGUGAUGGCCCCAUUGUGCUUGUCUUGGCGCCCACUCGAGAGCUCGCUGUCCAGAUUCAACAAGAGAUGACCAAGUUCGGAAAGUCCUCUCGUAUCCGAAAUACGUGUGUGUACGGGGGCGUUCCCAAGGGUGGCCAGAUCCGUGACCUCGCUAGGGGCGUGGAAGUGUGCAUCGCCACUCCCGGUCGUCUCAUCGACAUGCUCGAGUCCGGCAAAACCAACCUGCGUCGCGUUACAUACCUUGUUCUCGAUGAAGCCGAUCGCAUGCUUGACAUGGGUUUUGAACCGCAGAUUCGCAAGAUCAUUGGCCAGAUUCGUCCCGACCGACAAACCUGCAUGUGGUCUGCAACAUGGCCCAAAGAGGUUCGACAAUUGGCUUCUGAUUUCCUUCAGGACUUUGUCCAGGUCAACGUUGGCUCCAUGGAUCUGUCUGCCAACCACCGGAUCACUCAAAUCGUCGAAGUUGUUUCGGAAUUCGAGAAGAGAGACCGCAUGGUGAAGCAUCUUGAGCAGAUCAUGGAAGACCGCAACAACAAAAUCCUCAUCUUCACAGGAACGAAACGUGUCGCUGACGAGAUUACUCGAUUCCUUCGACAAGAUGGUUGGCCCGCGCUCUCAAUUCACGGUGACAAACAGCAAAACGAGCGUGAUUGGGUUCUGAAUGAAUUCAAGACUGGCAAGAGCCCAGUCAUGGUUGCUACGGAUGUCGCAUCCCGUGGUAUCGAUGUUCGAGACAUUACUCACGUCUUCAACUAUGACUAUCCCAACAACUCUGAAGACUAUGUCCAUCGUAUCGGCAGAACGGGACGAGCAGGAAAGAAAGGAACCGCCAUUACGCUGUUCACCACUGACAAUGCCAAACAAGCCCGUGAUCUGCUCCAGAUUCUGCAGGAGUCCAAGCAGAACAUUGACCCUCGUCUUGCCGAGAUGGCUCGCUACGGCGGCGGCGGUGGUGGCGGCCGCGGAUAUGGUGGUCGUGGCGGUUAUCGUGGAGGCCGUGGCGGUGGCGGCGGUGGUCGCGGCGACGGUGGUUCAUCUUCCAAUGCUGCUCCCCUUGGCCGCAGCCGCUGGUAA